UUAUAUACAAUGUGGGCGAUUGUAUUAUACAAUGGGUCCUAAAAGUUUCUCAAAUUGAGGUGAGCUGAGCUGAACCGCGUGAUAGUUGCGAGCAGAAACCGCAUAUAAGAGGAGAGAGACGUGCAACCAGUAGCAGAGGUGGUGGCGAUGAUGGUGGCAGUGGUAAAGGAACAAGACUUCGCGGCUUGAUCGUGACUUAAGAGCGAGCGAGUAAAUGCAAUGAACAAACGCAAGAGCGAGAUCAAGGGAUUAACUGGCAUGAAGGAAGAGGAAAAGAAGGAAGAGAAAGAAGAAACUUCGGUACAACGAGCGGGAGCGAGAGGAAAAAAGGCGGUGAAGACGAAGAAGUAGUAGGUAGUAAGUAGGUAGGUUAGGGUUAGGUAGACGAUGAAGAGGAGGUGAUGGCUGUGAAGGUGGUGGUACAAGAAGAGGAGGAGGAGAAAAAGAAGAAGGAGAAGGAGGUGGUAGUGAUGUUGGUGGUGGUAGGAGAACCAGCCUCCGCCAGUCCAUCCACGUGUUCAGUGUAGUAGCGCGUUAUGACCCGGAUGUUAGAUCGUAGCCGCAGUUUUGCGCGAACCUGCCGACCCGGAUAUCCUCUUGCUUGUUGUUCACCAGUGAUCGACCACUGAUGUCUUCCUGGUCAGCAAAAUAUGUUCAAUCGGAUAGAUGCAAGCAAGUCUACAAAAGGCGCCAGCAAACUUCGAAGAGACCUGAUAAACGCCGAAAUCGCGAAUCUACGUGACUUACUGCCGCUACCGCCCUCGACACGCCAAAGGCUUUCGCAGCUGCAGCUUAUGGCCUUGGUCUGCGUGUUCCUACGCAAAGCUAACUACUUUCAGCAAGCAUUAAAAAAUUGUCCGUCCGAGUCCUCAAAUAUUCCAACACCCAAUAUAGGAUUUUCAAAAGCGAUGUCUGGCUUUAUUAUGAUGAUGACGCAGCAAGGAAAAUUGUUAUACAUAUCAGAAAACGCGGCAGAUUAUCUCGGACAUUCCAUGAUAUAUUGUAAUAAGUCACAAGAUGUACAGGAAGAUUUACUCAUUCACGGCGACAGCGUGUACGAUGUAAUUGACAAGCAGGAUCACGUAAUAGUACAAAAUCAGUUAUCUAGAAACAGUCCCAUUCCCAAUGACAGAAGACUAUUUCUGUGUCGAAUCAACGUAUCGAGAAAUUCUCGCAGACAGCUGCGAUUCGGUGAUCAAAAGGUAGUUCUCGUAGAAGGUCACUUUCUGCCAUUUGUUCCCGUUUGCAACCGCAAUGAGUUUGUUUUCCUAGCUUCCUGCACACCAGUAGUUCUGCCAGAAACUCGAGAAAGUAUUGUACAAGGCGCUACCAAUAUCUUCACCACGAUUCACUCGAUGGACAUGAAGUACCUGCAUAUUGAUAAAACCGCGGAAAGUCAUCUGGAAUAUACUCGUGACGAACUGGUCAACGUGUCGUGGUACAAUCUGCUUCAUUGGGACUCUAUAAGAACAGCUUAUUGCAAACAUCAAACUGUUAUUCAAUCCGAUCAAGAGCGAUCUACUACCGCUCUAUUGAGAUUACAAAGUCGGUUGGGAAGAUGGUUCUGGGUACAUUGCGUGCUGCAGGUCAAAGACACCUCCGACGAGUGCCAACAUCCCAUCAUCGUUUGCACAAACCAAGUGCUCACCGAUAAGGAAGCGGAAGUGAUGCGUUCCAGUUCGUGGCUAUAUCAGUACUCGUCUCAAAGUAAAUUUACAUACGGACUUUGUCCCGGUGGUCAGGGUCGCGGCAUCGUGUAUCCUUCCGCAGGACUUACUGCUAAUCAGUCUCAGGAAUACGUUUGUACAUAUUCCAAUGAUACCGACACCCAACACUCGCCGUCGCUUCGCCCGGAUCGAUCCGAAGCGGAAUCCCAUAGUAGCGUCUCAAAAACUGUACAAUCGAUGGAUUAUCCCAGCGGACGAAUUAUGCGAGAUGACGCAGAGCCGGUGGACAUGUCGAUAACUGGCAGUGAGCAGCACGAAGGCAGAACCGUGCAGAUUGUUAGUCAUCAGCAACACACCCUCGAUAACUCUGUCAGGUAUCAUCACAAACAAUAUCAUAAGAGCUCUCUACAUCUAGCUAGUUAUCGAGCCAAGUUUGUGCAAUGCCAUGGCGCCCAAUAUUCAAGCAGUUGUCCAGCGGAUGUACUAUCAGUGCCUGGCACUAAAUAUUAUCUUACUGAUCUCGAUCGGGACUAUUGCUGCUCAGAAAGAAGCAAUUUGUUGUUACAUAAGCGAUUACCAAGCAAGACUUUAAUCGCCUCAUCUCCGAUGACUGGCACCGCUGGAAGCGAACAACCAUUGGAAACUACGACUAUUCUCGAGAGCUGGGGUGCCAGUCCAGUGUGGUCAGACACGUUACAGAGAGUGCCGGACGUGAUCCACCAGGAACUCAGUCCGUACAUUACCACGCCGACUACGCCAGUCAACACACCUGACUCGGACACGCUGGGACACUCGGAGGCGCCCAUCUUCAAUUUUGACUGGGCCGGCACGGAACAGCAUGUGCCUAACCUCAAGAUCACUUUCCACCGCGGCAGCGCAGCAACUUCCGGUCAUCCCACUGUUCAGCCCAAGAAACAGAAUCAAGACAUAGUGCAGCCUAUUACGCUACAGUUACCACGUAGAAAAGGACAGUCCACGGAAAGCGAUAGCAAGGACUUCUCGAAAUAAAUUAGAAAGCAAAUGUACAGUCCAACAAGGAAUGUACGUAAUAAUUUCUAGUUUUUACACAAACAUCGGGAAUAUUACUUAGUUAAAUAAAUAACAACAAAAUAUAUUCAUAUAAGAAUAUUUUUCUUCCUUCUUCUUAGAGAAAAUGUAGAGAAGAAAGUAGGACGUGAAGUCAUCUAGGAUAGCUACGUAAGUGGGAAGAACUCACACACACAACAUAAAACAAAAACUCCAUUAAAUGUCUAUUAGACAUCAACAGCUCCAUGUGACAUCUACUAGAUGUCUAUUGGAGGUUUUGUUCUGAUUGUGAGUGAAACGCACACAAAGAAAAACUCUUCGGAUAUUGUGUCAUAAUUACAUACAUCUCUGUCACAGACAACGGAGUAUAUUCUUCCAAAUUUCUAUCGGUAUCGCAUUACACAAUUUUCUACACGUUCUCGUUCGUCUUGUUUAUUCUUACUCUCUGCGCUUCUCUUGUUUUGGUAUCUUAGACAUUAUUCUCGAAUCGUAAAUUCCUCAUUAAUAUAAAACACGUAUAUAAACAUAGACUGAUUACGUCGGUGUUUACAUAAUCUACGAUUAAAAAAAGUCGUAUAUUAUUUCGUUUAGUUCUGGUAUACGCGUCGAGAAUAUUCGUUUUGAGAUAAAUAGCACACAUCGUACGCGAAUAUAUUUCAAGUAUAUAUAUAUACCUAUAUAUAUAUAUAUACAUA